AUGUCGUACACAGGUCAUCAGAGCAGGACCUCGUCCUCGUCGAAUCUCAACUCACGGCCGUACGCGUCAAGCAGCAGCCAUGUGGGAGCUGCCAAUGAUGACACCGAGCUAGCCUUUGCUGAGCUCCAGAUGCUCUCGCAGAAUCAGCGCAAACUGGCCACGCUCACCAGCAGGAUGACCACCAUCCUGUCCGGCUUCGACAAGCGGCUCAUCAAGCUUGAGGGCAGCAUCCUGCCCAUCCACAAAGGCACUCAGAAGCUCGCCCGCAUGUCGGACAACAUCGACCUCACUCUCGCUGCGCUCAACAAGACGCUCGGCCACUACGAUGUCGUGAUCGACGAGCAGCCGCUGCUCAAGCAGGGGCCUGACGUGCGAGAUACACGUCCCUACAUGGACACCAUCGACCGCGUUAUCAAGGGGCUACAGUACCUGCAGAAGUCGGACCUCAAGAGCCAGGAAGGCGUCAUGAAGCGCAUGAACGACCUCGUCGAAUUGGGCGCCCGCAACCUCACCAACGUCAUCUCCGAGUGGGUGCAUGCAGACUCGGAGGUAAUCGACCUCUCCGAGUACAGUCCGCGCAACGCACGCUAUCCCGUGCUCUCCGAGGCCACCCAUAACGCGAUCGUGCCCAUCUUCAACUACCUCUCGACACUACCGCGGCACCCUCGAACUGGCUACUCGCCCCUGUCCGCCGGCUUUGCAACCUACGCAACUGUGAGGGGCAACUAUCUCACCCACUGCCUCACUCCCCUCGCCUCCAAGCUCCAGCAGUACGCGCUCGAAAGGAUCGGCACAGGCGCUAGCGGUGCGGGCAUGGUUAUGGUCGCGCACGAGGACGAUGAAGACCACACCACAGGUUAUCGACGGGGAGAGGCAGGCGCCGUCGAGAUGUUCGAGGCGUACUACAGCAUGCUGGACAACGAAUACCGCAUCUUGCAAGGCCUGGUGUCGUCCGCCGAGCUGCACAAGGAAACGCUUCUCCUUGCAUCUGCAUUCUCACAGCUGGUCUCCGCCUCUUUAUCCGCACUGAUAGAGUCUCUCGGCACCGUUCAUUCGCACGUGCGGCGCCAUCUGGCCACGCAUACCUCGUUCCUCCUCGACCUCAUCUCGGCACUUUCUGCCGUUAUCCUGAGUGGCAGGUGGGACGUCCUAAUCCGCUCCAUGGAGGACUCGCCCGAGGCUCCGCUGAGCAGCAGCUGUCCGAUCGACAAAGCCGAUCUAGACUUAAAUGCAGGCUUUGCGCCCGCCGCCGAGCUGCUCGAGAUCUUCAGCAAGCUCAAGAACGUCGCGAUCGGUAUCUUUCCGCGCUUCAUCGAGGACGUCAAGGCCAUUCCGCCGCGCAAAGCCGCCGAGGUGCCCAGUACAUCGGUCAACGAGAUUACCUAUCUUGGGCUGCAGUUCAUGCGGCAAGUCACCGAGUACAGUGACGUCGUAUCGCCGCUCCUUCAGACGCUGGGCAACGGCAACUGGAUGAUGGCGAGCGGCGUCGCGCCGGUGCUCUCACUCGGCCUGGACAGCGACCCAAGCAGCCAAAGCAUUGUAGGCGACUACCUCAACGAUGUCUUGGCAGUCAUCCUUACCUCGCUCGAAGCGCGUUCUCGCGCCAUCCGUCAGCCGUCGACGGCAUCCGUCUUCCUUCUCAACAACAUCGGACAUCUGCGACGAACGCUCAUGGCCCCGCUGCCCAACUACCUCGGCGCGGCCGAGGACGGAGGAAGCGCUUCGAUCGUCUCGCUGCACCUGGGUGAGAUGGGCGACGAUCUGCUCGGCACGGCACUGCGUCAGGCGAACACGGCGUACCUCGAUGCAUGGUCGCCUGUCGUCGCGCCCCUUAUGGAGGACCAGCCUCUGAAUGCGAAUGCACACUACCAUCGGCACGCCACGUCGAAGCUCAUCGGCGUCGGCUCGGGGUCCGAGAAGAACCAGGUCAAGGAUCGCUUUGCGCGAUUCUACGAGGCGCUCGACGACUUGGAGCGACUGCACCGCGCAUAUCCGGUCAGCAGAGAGGAUCACGAGCUCAAGGACCGCCUGCGCAGAGACGUCAUUCGACUCGUUGUUCCCAUGUACGCCCGCUUCCUCGGCAAGCACAAGGCCGGCGACUUUACCAAGAACCCAAGCAAGCACAUCCGCAUGUCGGAGCAGGAGGUCGAGGACAAGAUCGCCAGCCUCUUCCGCUAA